AAAAAUCACAGUCCACUCACCAGGUCAACAAUUCGGAUGUGGCCAUUCUAUCCUGGAAGGUUCCUUGUACAGCUUCCCGACCACGUAGUCAAUCAUCAAGACUGAAGAAUGCGACUCGCUGCUCACAGAAGUCAUAAGGCUACUGGGUGCCUGUUUUCAGCGCUCUCCGGUAUUCUUCACCAGCAAACUGAACUGAGAGAAGAUGACGCUAUGGACUGGCGUCGGUCAGGUGGCCAGCAUAGCCCAGCUUGCCGGGGUGGACGCGUAUGGGCUCAUCACGAUGAUCGUGGAGGCGGCGAGGACAGUUAGAAGGAACCGGGAAACCUGCCAGCUGCUGGCGCGGCGUGUGAAGAUGAUAGGUGACCUUCUCCAGCAGCUCGAGAGCACGCAGCUGAUGCAGCAUACGGAGACGAGGAACCCCGUCGAGCAGCUGGAAGAGACUCUCCGACAUACAUACAUGGUCAUCAAAUCCUGUCAGGACGGCAGCUACCUAUACAGCUGCUUUAUGGGAGGGAACCAAGCGGACCAGCUCCAUCAGGUGCGGAACGAGAUCGCCUUCUACCUCCAGCUCUUCCCCCUCGUCGGCUUUGUCGAUACCAGCCGGACCUGGGCACGUCUUCUGCACAGAGCUCACCCUCUCGGUACAGAGGAUACUAUGGAUAUUUUGCAUGCAGUUCAUCAUUCAGAACAUAACAACAGACUCAGAACAGAGGCCCUCAAGACAACUCAAUUAGAAGAUCCAGGAAUUCCUCCCUGCACAAAAUCCAAGGAAGAAGAAAAAUCAAGGUUUCUCUAUGGAUCAGGCCAAGUCAUGAAUAUGGAGGAACUCGUCAAUCUCAUAGGUGUUGGAAAAGGAGCAGAGUUACCCUAUUUUAGUUUCUCUCAGAUAUUAGCUGCUACAGACAAUUUAUCAUUACAGAACUUGCUUGGAAAUGGUGGAUUCGGCUGUAUUUACAAGGGCAAACUGCCUAAUGGUCUCGAUAUUGCUAUCAAAAGACAUAGCACAUCUUCACAUCAGGGCCUAUCGGAGUUCCGAGCUGAGAUUGAAGUCAUUCCAAAUCUUCGACAUAAAAAUAUAAUUUCGCUACUUGGGUUUUGUGUUCAAGGAAAAGAGAAGAUGCUUGUCUAUGAAUAUAUGUCCAAUAAUAGUUUGGCAGCCAUCAUUUCAGAUGAGUCAAAACGGAAAUUGCUUAAUUGGUCAAAGCGGCUUCAUAUAAUCAAAGGGAUAGCAGAUGGCCUUGUUUAUCUGCAUCUGCAUUCUCAGAUGUCCAUUGUCCACAGGGAUUUGAAACCAAGUAAUGUCCUGUUGGAUCCUGAAAUGAAUGUUAAAAUUUCUGAUUUUGGUCUGGCUAAAAAGGUAGCUCCAGGUGCGAUUGUGGAAGAUCUUGUAUACGGCACAUAUGGCUAUGCAGAUCCUGAAUAUGUUGCUACUGGAAUGAUAUCGCAGAAGGCAGAUGUAUACAGCUUUGGCAUCAUAGUUCUUGAGAUAAUAUGUGGAAAGAUGUCCCGGUCUUACAUGGUGAAGGUGGAGAAGAGCUCAUCUCCAGGAUCACUUCCUGACCACGCACGCAAGUAUAGGAAGAGGCCCCGCAAGCUUGUUGACCCACUACUAGGUGCUAGCAAGAGCGAGACAGCUCAGAUUGCGGAAUGCGUUAAGGUGGCUCUGCUGUGUGUCGACCGUCGUCCUGAAUGUAGGCCCACCAUGUCGGAAGUUGUCGCGAUGCUCUGCACCAUUGGGAGUGGGAGAUCGCCACCAGCCUGUUAUUGUCACUGAGUAAUAAUAAUCAGGGGUUGUAGAGCUGACCGAGGACGGCCAAAGAUUAUGACCAUCACACAUGUACGUAUGUUUUACAGAAUUGGCAAGGCAUGGCAAAGAACGUGGGAUUUUCCAUUCUGAUCUGGCUCUUGGUCGCCCAAGUUCAGUUGAAGGUGAAUACCCUAAAUCGGACGCGUAUUCCAGGCUUGGGGGCCAAUUUGUGCGUUUGGAAUACUUAUUAGAAAUGUCAGGGUGCUCCGUGAUAAAAAAUAUAUGGUAUUUUUUUGUUUUGCAAGUGCCAAAUACUUUUGAUUUAUAAGUCGCGUGGUUGUCUUUCCUGUUA